AUGCAGAAUACUUCUGAGAUUUUUAAGUCUCCUAGCCCUCCAGUCUUUUACAGUUUUCUUGCCUACUCCCAACUCAACAAUUUUUUUAAAAUGUGCAUUUCUUUGUAUUAUGUCUUUCCAAAGCAUUUGACUUUUUUCAGAAACAAUUCUUAAUGCACUAAUUUUCAUAGGUUUAUAGGAUGUUUAAUUAUAUAGAGAAAAACAAGGGGCAUAAGCAGGUUUGGAAUCACACACAACUGGCCUCAGCACAUAGGGCAGCUGAAGGAAGCAGAUGACUUUGCCAUGCUAGAGACUAGACUACCAGCCUCUAGUGUCCAGUGCACUGUGGGUAUUGAUUAUGUAAUCCAGUGGGGGUCAGUUAAACCAAGCUCCUGGACCAAUUGAACAUCUUUUGCUUCUAUUCUGUCCAGCUAAUGGCACUAGUACCUAGUCCCUUCUAAACUAAUUUACAUUCUCUUUCAGCCUUCCAGCCACUCCUUCCAUUCAUUCAUAAACUGUUUUCUUAAAGCACUUAUGACCAUUGCCUUUAUUAAGUUGGGAGGACACAGGACAGAGUUUCUAACAGGGGCUUCUGGACAAUCAGCGAACCCCCUGAGAUUAUAAUUUAUAAUCUGUAAAUUUGAAUGUUUGGGGCGGGGUGCGAGGUAAGUCAUAACUUUCUGAGAACCUUUAACUUCUUAUUUUCAAAGAGUCAUGAUCCACAAAGUGACAAGCACAUGAAUUGAGUAUCACUAAAUGUCCUUUAAGACCCUGAAAACACAUUUCAUUCAGGAACAUUCUUCUCUGAAUAAAGACUUAGGGAACUUAGCAGGCUCACAUCUGGUCUUCACUUGAACUGUCACCUGUUUUAACCAUAAGCCUAGGCUCAAGAUUUUUGUUUUUGGCCACACCAUACCGCAUUAUGGGAUCUUAAGUCUCCUGACCAGGGGAUCACACUCAUGCCCCUUGCAGUGAAAGUGUGGAGUCCAACCCAGUGGACCACCAGUAAAUUCCUAGCCUAGGCUCAAGUUCUGAAGAUCUCUUUUUCCUAGCCUUGUGUGAACACCUACACUGGAAGUUUAAGGCAGCCCAUUAAUACUUUUCUGCCUUUUGUCCAGGGGUAUGGAAAGCCCAAAGGGAAAUAAGGGUGUUACCCUGACUCUGUACUUUUUAUUGGUGACUUUAAGUAGCAGUAAGACAUAUCUGGCAUGGUUACAGAUUUAGUAAAUUCAGAAUUGAUAGUACCACCAUCACUGACACCUCUACCCAGAGGAGUCCUUAUUUCUCCAGCUCUGAUUUCUUUCUUUUUCUACUUUCUCCAAAUGAGGUACAAGGACACAAGAUGCUAGAGUGUCUUCACUGUGCUUUUGAUUACUGUAGGAUCUACCCUCCUUGUUAUAGUUCUCAAGAGCUACUCCCUGGUUCUAGUUUCCUCCUAUGUCAAAGCCAGAUUCUUCCAGGGAGGUAGCAGCUCUACUGCUGUGUCCUCAUUUUAAGGCACCAUUCUGUACCAAAAAGUCUUUUCAUAACUUGUGUUUUGUGUUAUUGAAGAAAUGUGGAUAUAUGCAGUAUACCAAAUAUGACCUUUGCAGUACUGUUAUACUGAACUAUCAAGCCAUGAGAAUCUUAAGGAUAGCAGACCACAUGAAUGAAAGCAACCUGUUUCCUUAUUGGCUUAUAGCUGCACCUGCCUUAUUCCCUGUCUAGCAGUCUUCAUCCUCACACUGGACUGCUUUAUUCCUUGUGCUACCUUUUCCUCACAUCUAAACUGUUGCCAUGACCUUAGAAAAAUAGGGCACAAAUAAGGUUGAGUGGGUGUCGAGCAUUGGAUCAUCAAGUAUUCUCCAGCUUAGAUGUGGUGGUGUUCCUGGUGGGCCACAACUUCCAAAUGGUGGUUUUAAGUACCUAGCUGUGCAGGCACUUCCUCACAGCCACUCAGCUGUGUCUUGAGAUGAACCUGUUGGGUAGCAGCAAUCAAAAUUCACCUGGCAGCAAUCAAAAAGGAUUUAUAUCUAAAUUAUAGAUUCAGUUCUAAAGCAGUCAUUUUGAUACUUUUUUUAAAAGCAGCAAAAUCCUUUCUGGAAUUAUAUCCAACUCCCCAAAUAUAAAAAGUACAAAAUCAGAUACCUUGGUUUCCCCCACUCAUUAGAAUUAGGACUCUGCAAUUUCAGAUUGGCUACAGUAAUUUAAAAUAUUCCAUCUUUGCCUCACUUCCCCUGUUGUCUAGGAGGAGCAUUACCUUAUAUCAGAGUCAUCCCAUGAUGCUGAAGCAAUGAUAAAAACUGUAAUUUAUUGAGCCUUUACUUUAGUAUAGGCAUAAUGUCAGUUGCAUUUUUUUAGUCAUAACCUUGCAAGGUAGAUGCUGUUAUGACCUUUUAUUCUGAUGGGAAACUAAGGCUUAAGCGAGCAUUCUCGGGAGUGGUGAAGCUGUGAUUCAUCCCAGAUCUGUCUCACCCUAGACCUCUACCUCUAACAGCUCUAGGCCCCGCCUAUACGACACCUAGCACACAGUAGGUGCUCUGUAAAAACAUAUGUAACUUUACAUACGCUCAACAUUAUCUUCAGUUUUUACACAUGAGGAAACUGAGGCACCUGGAAGUUCAGACAGAACUGGGAUUCAAACUUCCUAUGUAAUGCUGGCUUUAAUCACAUUCGUAUCCACUAUGCCAUGCUGCCUCCACUUACCCUCUGAAGGUUCUCAAACUGUAUUGCAUUCAAGGUCUGCAUGGCCUUCAGUUUGUUAAGAUUUUCUUGUUAAAAGGGAAUGGUGACAUGCAUUAGAAUGCUGCCGAAUUUUUCUGUUCAUCAUAUAAAAUUUCCGAUAUUACACUGCUCUAUCUGUAACUUUUACAUAGGCAUGCUGUCCUCUCCGUAAUGUAUUAGAAGGACUCUUUGUAAACUCAGAUGGGAGUCCUUGAAAAGUAAAGGGUGACAGAUAAUGUUAGUCUCUAAUGCCCACAUAGGGAGCAUUUAACAGGGAGUUGAGUUAAAACUUGGUCACCAGGGAAGUCCCUGGUGGCCCAGUGGUUAGGACUCAGCACUUCCAAUGCAGAGGGCAUGGGUUCAAUCCCUGGUUGAGAAACUAAGAUCCCCACAAGCCACGUGGCAAGAAAAAAAAAAAAGUCAAACUGGGGCCCAGAAUUAUUCUGGGAAAUAGCUUGGGCAGGUUUCCAGGAAUGAAGCAUAGUCAGAGGCUUUCUCUGCAGUCCCCACACCCAUGUUGAGCCUGGGAGCCCUGGUGCCACUGAGUAGCUUGCAGGACCUGGUUACAGUUUAUAAUGAGCCUGCCCACCUGGUUCCAAGAAGAAAGCUGGACUGAAGAGAUAAGAGCUGCAGGCCUCCGGCCCUGUGUGGAGGGGGCUAUUAAGGUCUGAGGGAGCUCUCUAGGCUCCCUGGAGAGAGACUCAGCAGUUGGAAGAGACAAAGGCUGGGGAAGAGGGGAAUAACCUUUGUUCUGUGGAUGUCUUGGGGAAGGAAACAUGCACCUCCCUCUACCCUCUCUGGACCAAAACCAAGGGGAACUCCGUUCAUCCCAGAUCACUGACCCAUCUCAUCCUACUGAGACUUAGAAAAAAAUUAAACUAUCAAUCACCUUCCCGCAACAUUCCACCACCAAGAAGAAAAGGGAGCUGGGUAGAGGGACAGUGCUGUUCUACCUUCUCUACCUUCUAGAUUCUCACACAUUGUAGAGAAUCUACAUUCUCACACACAUUCUCACACAUCCUAAUCUUUCCACAUUUUAGAGAUAAUCUAAAUCUAGAGAUAACUCAAGAAAUAAUCUGUUAGAAGAUAAAGUGUUCUGAGAUUACAUACAUCUCUCUGGUUUUCUAGCUAUCUCUGAAGGGCACAAAUCAGAAAGCACCAUGCCUCCUAAUAAAGAGGCCAGCAGUCUUAAUAGCUCCCCUGCGGGCCUCAUCUGCCUCCCUCCAAUCUCUGAGGAGCUACAGCUUGUGUGGACCCAAGCAGCCCAGACCAGUGAGCUGGACAGCAAUGAACACUUGCUCCAAACCUUCAGCUACUUCCCCUAUCCCAGUUUAGCAGACAUUGCCCUUCUUUGCCUACGCUAUGGGCUGCAGAUGGAGAAAGUCAAGACUUGGUUCAUGGCCCAGCGCCUUCGCUGUGGCAUUAGCUGGUCAUCUGAAGAAAUUGAAGAGACUCGAGCCCGAGUAGUCUACCAUCGGGACCAACUCCAUUUCAAAUCCCUUCUCUCUUUUACUCAUCAUGCAGGGCGGCCCCCAGAGGAAAUGCCUCCUUCUCCUGUGCCACCUCCGGAACAAGUUGGUCUUGGAAUAGUGCCCCUGACUCUUAGCGAGCCCACCCAGAUGAAAGGAUUGAAGGUAGAGCCUGAGGAGUCACUGAGUCACCAGAAAGCAAAGGAGCCCCUGAUGGUACCUGGCAGUGGGGCAUUUCCCCACCAAUCGCAAUUUUGGCAGGAUCAUCAAUGCAGUGGCCUCUCCAAGGAGCAGGCAGGCAGGUGUCCCGACCAGUCACACAGCCUAGCUACUGCUUCCUGGAACCAUGCCACAGCUGUCCACCAGCCCUGUGCUCGGGAUAAGCCCCAAUCCAUCUCAUUACUUGCCAGUAGUUGUAAGAAGGAGUCAGCAUCUAAUGUGACUCCUCCUUCCUCUACCUCUUCUUCCUCUUUCCAGGGACUGGCUAAUGGAGCUCCUGCCACCUCUAAGCCUCUCCAGCCACUGGGCUGUGCCCCACAACCAUUGUCACCCAAUGAACAGGCACUACCCCCACAGCUGGAGCCAGCCUGGCCCCAGGGGCUAAGGCAUAACUCAGCAUCAGGUAGGGUUGGCCCUGCAGAGUAUCUUUCCCCAGACAUGCAACGCCAGCGAAAGACCAAGCGCAAAACCAAAGAGCAGUUGGCUAUCCUCAAAUCGUUUUUUCUACAGUGCCAAUGGGCACGGCGUGAGGAUUACCAUAAAUUAGAGCAGAUCACUGGUUUACCUCGGCCUGAGAUUAUUCAGUGGUUUGGUGACACACGCUAUGCCUUGAAGCAUGGGCAACUAAAGUGGUUUCGGGACAAUGCAGUACCUGGUGCCCCUAGCUUCCAGGAUCCAGCAGUUCCCACACCACCACCUUCAACCCGCUCCUUGAAUGAAUGGGCUGAGACACCACCUCUGCCAAAUCCCCCGCCCCCACCGGAUAUACGACCCUUAGAGAGGUACUGGGCAACCCACCAACAGCUCCGGGAAAGUGAUAUCCCUCAACUGAGUCAGGCAUCAAGGCUUAGCACCCAGCAGGUACUGGAUUGGUUUGACUCUCGAUUACCUGAGCCAGCUGAAGUGGUGGUCUGUCUAGAUGAAGAGGAGGAAGAGGAGGAGGAGGAACUGCCAGAAGAUGGUGAAGAGGAGGAGGAGGAGGACGACGAGGAUGAUGACGAUGAUGUGAUCAUCCAGGACUGAGUGGGAGGCUGGGGGAGGGGAGGUCUGUUACUAAAAGACAAACCAACUUAGUAACUGUUUAAACAAAGAAACCACAUUUUUUUUUUUAACUUACCUUGUGGCAAAGAACUGAAAAACUUUGUGUUCUUGAGGGUGGGGGACAGGGAUAUAGUAAGGGUAGACCAGGGAGAAUGACCAUGGAGUACAGAACGAGGUGGGGAUCGGAUGGGCAGAAAUCUAGGCCUCCAGUCUCAAUGAGGGGCUUGCUAUGGGUCUGGGAAAAGGCUCUUGCUCUUUUCAUAUCCCUGUUCUUUCCCCUUACUGUUCUACAGAGAGGCUAGGCUUUGGCCCACAGCCAUGGAGUUCUGUAAAGGAGGAGUAAAGUUUCUAAUACGACCCCAGUCCCAGCAUUUUCCCGGCAUAUAAGGCUGCCUUGCACCCCAUUUCUCUCUGAGCACAAGUUCAUGCAUAAUGCAGCUAAGAAUGUCAGUUAUGUCCCAGUCAGUCACAAAUACUUCCUCUCCUCAUACCAGCUUGAAUUUCUAUGUUUUCCUGCUGCUUUUUGAAUCUCACAGGGAGCAGAAUGUUUUCACUUCUGAUACUGGGACCACUAUGCCUUGUACCUUUCCAAAAAUCCCCAUUCUGUUCACUGUUUGUCUCAGGGUAAAUCUUCCCCCCAGAGCUUGUGAAAAAGUUUAAUAAUUGGGUGGAGAAUAAUUUAGACUGGAUAUUUAUUGGAGGUGGGAAUUAGGGGAGAUGUCCUUUUAAAAAAGUAGAAUUAUAGAUUACAGAGGGGUAGAGGAGAGGGAAUGGUGUCUGCUGUUCAGGAGGACGGUGCAGAUAGAUUCCAGGUUUGGUUUUACAAACCUGACACUCCCUCCUGCCUAGUUUGACAGAAACUGAUUUUUUAAUCUUUUUGGUGUUGGUUUAAUUUGUGUCCAGAAAAGAGACUUUACCCCCUGUUUAUAAUAUCUGUCUUGGGGACAGAAGUCCUUGUUUUAGAGUGGUUUUCAUCAGUUGGGGUCAGAUAUAAAGAUAUCAGUGGAUUAACCAUCUAGAAAUAAAAGAGUGGAAGCCCCAAAUUGCUAGACUAAUAAUAAAAAGGCCAAAAAUAAAAUUGUUUCUCUCUCCACUUUGCCAUUUCUCUGGUUUAAAGAUUAAUGGAACCAAAUUCAUCCACUUUCUGAUUUAGUAUACUUUUUAUUUUCAAAGCAGCAGGAUAUACUGAGGUAAAGUAAAUGAACAAAACUUGAAAUAGUACCUAUUACUAGGCAGAUUGCUUUCUGCACCUGCAACAGCAUAGGCUCUAUCUCAGAAGAGGGGGAGUCUAGAAAUGCCUUUAAAAAUAAGCUCAGUUUCAGAAAGGGUAAUGGGAUCCUAUUCAGCUACAAGGUCAUUCCUAAGACCUAAUUUAUCUCUAGCAGAUGCUAUCUUCAAUUUUCCAAUAUUUUCACUUAAGGUAUACCUGCCUAUGGCCCACCCAUUUAAUCCCUCAUUUCUACCCCUUACUAUCCAAAGAAGAAUAAAUGUUUGAUCUCA